UCUUUCUCAACUUUACUGAACACUGCCAUCAAAACUGCAAUCUCUUACACUCUAUCUGUCUCUCAUUCAUUUACUGUCUCUCUCAUAUUUCAUCAUCAUUUCAAGGUUUACCGUAUGGAGUCAAGGCAUCCUGGGUAUCGUCAUUUUAAUCCAAGUCUUUCAAUGCCAUUCCUGGCCUGUAUGAAUUCCUCCCAUCAGGAAGGUGUGCUGAAUCCAGACUAUGCGGUGUCCUUAAACCCCAGCCGAGUGUUACUCCAGGAGCUUCUCUGGCAAUUCGAGCAGAGAGAGUGUCCAGCUCUUGAGGAACAACGCCUCCGUUGCACCCAUGGCACUCGAGGACAUCGUCUGCCUCUCACCCGGGACAGCUUGCUUGCCCUGAUACCAGCAUCUGAAUGCAGACUGCUGGAGCGACUCUGUGCCCGAAUUCCACCGUCUCACACAGCUGCUGUACUCUUCAGGUUCCGUGAGAUUUUGGCUCACAACUAUGUUGUUCCCUGGGAGCUCGUGUGCAUCUUCAAACAGGUGCUGAGGGACUUCCUGAGAAGGCAGGAAGAGGUGGGAUACAGAAGGACUUUCCCUCCAGCCCCACCAAUCCUACUUCCUGUUUCUCCUCCUCCUACAGACAUCGACACUUGUGACCAAAAGAAUACAACUUUGUCUUCUCUGGAAGGGCAAGAAAGGUGUCGGGAGGAGAUCCCGACCAUAUCCAGCUAUGUAGACAAGCAUUUACAUAGUGCUUGUUCAUAUACAGUCCAUAGGGACUGCCUUCCCUACUGUCGCUCCUUUCCCUAUGACUAGCCUAAGGCUUCGAGUGGUAAACUGUGAAGGCCAGAAAUAGCUCAGAGACAUCCCAGUGACCACAUUGUCCUUCCCAUAGGCAAAAAACUUCCCCUGGAAACAAACAGGACAGUACUAGUGAGACCUGAGGUUGAGUAGUUACAAGACUUUUUUAUGGGUCAAGGAAAGUCCUUGGACUAAGCUGGAUCUUUACUAUGGCAAGGAUAUAUUCACAAAACUGUGAGCUCAUAGAGUCUAUAAAGUUUACCAGUUAGUUGAUAAGGAUCUAUUCAGUUUCCUCUUAUAAAAUGCAUUGGAAUUCCCAAAUAUAUUGUGUUCAUUAUGUCUAUUUACUAGUUUUUCACCUGCAACAACACAUUUAUACAAAAAUCAUUUCAACAUCAUGAGCCAUAGAAACUCAGUAACUCAGUAAGCACACAGCUGCAAAGUGACUUACACAGACUAAUCUGCCCUUUUUUUCAGUUAUAUUUUUGGAUUACGAAGCAUAGAUUAGCCUGAGGGGAGAGACGAGCAUGGCUCUCUGUUUGCUUCAAUAGCUCUCUGUAUGCACUCAUCUCACAGAUUGUG